AUGGCUGAAAUGCGUAUCAAAAACUUGGAAUUACUUAAACGUCAUCAGGAAAUUGAAGAAGACCGACAACUUGCUCAACGAUCAGGUGCAACAACAACAGUAACUAAAAUUGAAUCUAAAGACACAACAUCAAUGACAACACCUAUGCGAGGUGAAACAAAAAACCGUGGACGAAAUACAGCAAAUCAACAAAAUUUUCAAAAAAAUCCACAUGAACCAAUGCAUCGAGCACCACUACGACGAAAAUUUGAAAAUGAGCGUAUUGAUGUUCAACCUCAACGUGCUCAACGAGUUGAUUACAAUCGUUUAAAACGUGAACGAGCACAAGAACUUGCUAAUCAGCAACAACAACAACAACAUAAUAAUAAUAAUAAUAAUAAUAAUAAUAAUAAUUCCAUCAGUCCUGAAUUGCUUGAAUAUGCAUAUCCAUCUCGGCAUCGAACAGAAGAUAAUCAUGCUACACGUGUCGGUAGUGGCCGUUUGAAUCAGCAACAACAACAACAACGAACUCAAGAUCAAGAACAACGCCGACGAGACGAACGAAUGCGCCGAUCUGGAAUACAUAAUAAUGGUCAUUCAGGAGAAACUUCUGAAUUUCAUCUAGAUUUACCACAAAUACCAAUUUGGCAAAGUGGUUCUCUACCACCUCCAAUUCAUGUACAACUUUUACCAACAAAUAUCAAUGGUCAUCAUACAGGUAUUGAUCAUUUUAUGAAUAAUGGUGGAGAUCAACUAGAUCAAUCUGCUUAUCCUCAUAAUUUUGUUUAUCCAUCACCAGCUCAAUCAUCAUCAUUCAAUGGAAAUGGUACAGUUUACUUUGCUCAUCCAUCUUCACCUAUGUCUACUGGUCCUCCUUCUUCACAACCAUCACAACCACAUUUUCAUCAAUAUUAUCCAACACGUACAUUUGAAAAUUCCAAUCGUCAUCAAUUUCAUCAUCCAUCUCAUUUUCAAUCAUCGUCCAUUUUUCAACCACCACUACCACCUCAUCCUUUUCCCCCUCCUCCUCCACCAGCACAAUUAUCAACUCCAUCAACUUCAAGCUCUUAUAUUCAUCAACAACAAGAAGAUCUAUCCGUUGAUUUACCACCACGAUUUCGUCGUUUAAAAAAUUCGGAUCAAGAUAAUAAAUAUUCUAAACAAAGACCAAUUUCUGGUGAUUUCGAACGUUUAUAUAAUUCCUCUUUAAUGUCUAAUGAUAAUCGUUUUCAAUCACGUCCACAAUCAUUUUAUGAUUUUUCAUCUCAACAACAACCAAAUACAAGUUUUUUUCGUCCAUCAAACACUAAUAAUAAUAAUAAUAAUAAUAAUAAUACUCGUUAUCAAAGAAAUAAUAAUAAUAAUAACAAUAAUAACAAUAACAAUAGUAGCCUACCACUUGCUGCAUAUAUGAAUACAAACGAAUCAUCCUAUCGAAAUGAAAAUAUGAAUAAUAAUAAUAAUUAUUGGGGAACUUCAUAUCAAAGACGACGAUCAACAAAACAACGAACAUAUUACCAUGAUAAACAUCAAUUUCCAUUAUCAUCAUAUGAUCCUCGUCAAUAUGGUUUCAAUAAUAAUUAUCAACGACGAAAUGAUUUUAAUAAUCGAUCAAAUUCAAAUCGACAUAAUAUAAAUAAUAAUGAAAUAAAUGAUUCAAAUGAUAUUAAUGUUAUUGAAGAAUGGUGGGAAGAUGAUAAUCCAGAAUUAAUAGGAACAAAUCAAUUAACAGUUAAAACUGAUUCUCAACCAACAAAAACAACAACAACAACAGUAGAUGAUAGUGGAAAUAGUUCAUUAUCAACAAGUAUACAUUUAAAAGAAUCAACAUUAGAUGAUGAAGAAAACAAUAUAUCAACUCAUGAUGUUAUUAGUCCACCAUCAGAUGUAUCAACAACAGACAGUCAUAUUAUAGAAUCACUUGAUCAACUUCAACAACAAUUGAAAUUAGAAGAAGCCGUAGAAAAACAAUUAGCAUCAGAAAAUGAUGAUAUCAAUAGUGAAUUAUUAUCAUUAAAUAAAGAACAGACGACAUAUGAAACAGCUCAUUUUUUGGAAUGGGCAAAAGAAAAAUUUAGAGAGGAAUUAGCAGUUCGACUUACAGCUCAGCAAAUUGAACAACAUGAUGCUGUAACAACUGAUGAAGAUGAUGAUGAUGAUGAUAUUGUUGGAACUACGAAUCUUAAUAUAGAAAAAUUUCGUAUUGAUCACACAACUGAUGAAGAUAUUGAUAAUCAUAUGGAUAAUAUAGAAGAACUCGAGGACGAUCUUCAUCAAAAAUUAACAAUUGAAGAAAAUACGAUGAAAUCAGUCGUUGUUGAAUGA